AAAUGAGGACAACAUUUCAAAUGAUAUGUUUUGCCUACAACAUAUCAACACUCUACGCAUUCAAGCUAUUAUUUGUUUGGAGCAAAGAAAAAGUCUGGGAGCUGCUGGCCUCAUCUCUCCGCCUGCAGCCUUUUCUUCCCGGGAUCCGCUGAGCCCUUCCUCCCGGUGGGUCCCCCGUGCAGUUGCGAUGUAGUUCUUAUCAAAGCCCUCCUGUCUUGUUGUGACAGCUCUGAUAUUGUUUAUUGAGGUGGAUGUCAGCUUUAAUUAGCAAUCGAUACGGGGAGCGUUUGCAGAGUGCGUCUCUGACGUCAGCACCCAUUACCGCCUCUCAUUGGAUCUCAUAUUCCCCGAGCCUGGGCUAAUUAUUGGGAGGUUCAUGUGGAUAAAGUACAGCUCAUCCCUCCCUUCACAUCAUGUCCCCCGCUCGUUGGCCACACUCGCUGCAUGCUUUUUAAAUUCCCGUCGCCGGGCUCCAGACGUCGCUUCCUUUUGCCUGCGGGAUGAUGGACAGCAGGAUACUGGAUCCACCUCACGCCCAGUUCGGAGGCUCUCUCGGCGGGAUGGUUGGCUUCCCGUACCAUCUGAGCCACCAUCACGUUUACGAAUUAGCAGGGCAUCAACUUCAAUCUGCGUCCGCGGUUCCCUUCUCGAUAGACGGAUUACUUAAUGGCUCCUGCACGGCGUCGGUGGGUAAUUCCAACCCCCUCUUGUCUUCGGGCUGCGGGAUGAAUGGAGAUAAUCAGCAGUACAAACUGUCAGACUCGGUGGACCCAGACAAAGAUAGCCCUGGCUGCAAGAGAAGAAGAACUCGCACAAAUUUCACAGGCUGGCAGCUGGAGGAAUUAGAAAAGGCUUUUAAUGAGAGUCACUAUCCGGACGUGUUCAUGAGGGAGGCACUGGCUCUCCGACUGGACUUGAUAGAAUCAAGAGUUCAGGUCUGGUUUCAAAAUCGCAGAGCCAAAUGGAGGAAAAAGGAGAACACAAAGAAAGGCCCGGGUCGACCUGCUCACAACGCCCACCCCACCACCUGCAGCGGGGAGCCCAUGGACCCAGAGGAGAUCGCCCGGAGAGAGCUGGACAGGCUGGAGAAGAAGAAGCGGAAGCAGGAGCGCCGGCUGCUCAAGUCCCAGAACAAGCUCGCUUCUGGGGAUCUAUUUCACACCCCGGGGUCGGACAGCGACAGCGGGGUGUCGCACGUCACCGACAGUGACCACAACACGUGCCCACCCUUUGACUCAGUGGGGGGGAACCAGUCGAUGUGCGACCUCCAGAGCCAAAACGAGAACCAAAGACACCUAGACCGGGAUGCUGGCGGAUCCGAGCUGGACUCGCCCGACCCCAGCCACCGGCCGAGCCUGUGCUCCAGCAACACCAACAGAGCCUCAAGUCUGCAGAAACUCAACCCGUUUAGCGUCGAGAGCCUCCUUUCGGACUCCAGACCCAGACGCAACCCCGCGGCCUUACCCUCCUCGCGGCCUUUAAUAGGGAAGGGACACUUCCUGCUCUAUCCUAUCACGCAGCCGCUUGGAUUCAUUGUCCCUCAGACUGCCCUGAAGACGUCAUCAGCAGCGGCAAGCUGUGACGGAGACGCCCCGGCGAUCAGAGACCAGUCCGGUGUCCGCUGCAGCGCCUCCUCCAACUCCCCGGGAUGUAGGAGCAGCUCACCGGACGCACAAAAGCUCGGACAGGUGGGACAGGAGGAGAAAUCGAGCCCGUCCAGGGCCGCGUUAGCCACUGGACAACCGAGCUCGGCUAUUUGCAGCGAGUCGACUUUUGAACUCAUGACGCCUGUCGACACGGACAAAAAGGAGCACUUGGAGCACACAGUCAACCCCGAACCUCUGAGUGACUGUCCCACACAAUUAAACUCCACAGAAGAUGUCGAUAUGGAAUAAAUCAGAGGGAGGUUAUUUUUUAUUUUUUAUUUUUAGAAAGAAAAUGCAAAAAUAGCCUCUAAACGACACCUUUAAUUAGGCCAAAGCUUAACUACAUCUUUGCAUUUAACCUCCAUAGGUUUUGCCCCAACUCUGCUGAUUUUUUUAACAAUGUCCCUCUCCUUAUUUUUCCUCCUGCGAGUGUGUGAGAGUAUUUAAUGUGUGAUAACAUGUCAAAAACAAAAAAAAACAAACAAA